UGGCUCAGACAGUGACCGUCUCCAUAGUAACGAAUGUAAACAGAAUGAAACUAUGGGCCCGUGCAGCUCCAAAAUCAUCCGAUAGCUAGUUAGUUGUCUGAAGCGCCGAAACAUGCCGAAAAAGAAAGGAAACAAGGGCAAGGGAAAAGGAAAAGGUAAGAAAGAAGGCAAGCAUGAGUCUAAAGCCGACAAGGAGUCAGAGAUCGAAAAGUUCAAAUCAAACGCUGAUUUAUGGGAGGCGAAGUUUAAUAUCACGGAAAUUUCGCGUGUCGAGUAUCGUGAAGCUACUCGCGCGCUCGCUAAAGCCAACGAGGAGCUCGCGAACCAGCAAUAUAGAGCCGAGAAAGACACAAACGAUAUUAUUGCUUUUCUGAAGAGAACAGACCGUGAAAAGACAGCAACGAUUGCUGCAUUAGAAGAGCAACUAAAAAGAGAAAAAGCGAAGGCUUUACAAGAGAAAGACCUUCUGGUGGCUGAAUACAUGCAGAAGAUUGAUGCUUUAGAAGACAGGUUUAAGCAGAGGUCAAGCGACUUCCAGAGGAUGCAGGGCGAGCUCAAAACCAUUAAGCAUUUUCGCAAAAUAAAGGCCAAUCUGGAAGAAGACCUGAUCAGUAUGAGAGAAAAAAUGUAUAUUGCUGACCGUGGACACCAAGAGAGUCUGGCGAGAACAGAGUACAAGUUCUACACAGCACGAAUUCACCUUGAGAAGGAAGCGGAGCAAAAGAUCACUCAGCUUGCACAGCAAGCACAUCAUGAAGCUAUUGCGCAGCUCGGUACAGCGUCACAUACUGUGUUCAAGGAGAAUGUACGAUUGAAUGAGGCACUGAAUUAUUACCUGAAAGAGGCGGAGGAAAUGAAGCGGACAAAUGUAACCUUGACAGAGAAGAAUGCUUCCCUUGCUCUCUUAAAGGAGACAAAUGAACUGAUGAGAAAAGAAGGCGAUUCCCAGCUGAGGUCCCAGCAAAAUGAGAUCUCCGAGCUGAGGGCUAAAUUGGUCACACUUGAGCAAGCUCUGGGCAUCAUAUCUGGGGAGUUUGAGCAGGAGAGAGAGGAGGUGGAGCGGCAUGCCAUGGUCAGUAUGCAGGCCAACAGCGUAGACCUCGAGAGGUUGGAAAUGCUUCUAGCUGCCCGCGAGAAGGAGCUGGGCCAAGUGAAACGGCUGGCUCAAAGCAUCAUCGAGCAGCGCAAAGAACUUGAACUCUUUUUUCAUGAAGCUCUUGACCAUGUGAGGAAGGAAAUAAGAACACAGCAACAUCUCUACAGACAGGAGGCUCUGAAGGCCUAUCGCUGGAGGAUGAAUGAGGCUCGGGCUGGAAGGUUGGAGUAUCCUCGUAUACGGACCUUCUCUAAUGCCCCACGCAGCACCAAUGAUGUUCAGACUGACCUGGAAGAAGCUGACAAAUGGAGCAACUUGAAAAGCUCCAGUGUGGAUAUUUCUGAUCUAACAUGGGAGCAGAAAGAGAGACUACUCAAUCUGCUUUUUGCUAAAUUGAAUGGGCAAAAAACAAGGAAACCAGCCCAUCUUCCAGCUCUAUCAACAUCUUCCUCUGAGAAGAUCCAGGUUGGCAGUGAUGCAGGGUUUACUGAAGAAAAACGUAGCCUGACCUUUAUAACCCAGAUGCCAAUGUCCAAUAUGACCUCUGACUCCUGUGUUCUACCAGCCCUUAAGAGCACAUGACUGUAAAUCUUUUCAUAUUGUGUUACAGUCAAAUAUUUCAUUUAAAAAAAUAUAUAGAACAAGACUGUAAUUCCCUGCAGUAAAAUCUUCAAAAUAUAUUUCAUCCAUCUUCAGACAAAAAUCUUCCACUUCCUUCUCCAUCCAUUGAUUUAUUUUGUUAUUGUUCUAUUAGGUUCAGUCUGCAAUGUUAAUUUAUGUUUUUUUUCUCUGCUCAUUACUGCAUUCUGUGACUAUAUUGUUUUUUUUUUUUCGUUUUAUGUCAAUCAUGCUAUAUAACAAUUUUUCUUAUUUUUCUUUGUUCUUAUAAAGUGACCUUGAGUGAAUGUUUUCAUGUAAAAUAAAACUAUAAAUGAUUAUAAUAUUAUAACUAUAAAAAAUAUUAUUUCAUUAAAAACAAAUGUAGAAAUAUCUUGGAGAGCUUUACACCAUCUUCCAUUAUGUACAGAAGUUUGUUCUCUGAUGUUAUUGUGCAUUGUAAAGUUCAAAAAACCGAAAACGUUUUAGUGUGGUAUAAAUAUCGAAUUCAAAGACUUGCAUUAAAUGUUGCA